UAGGGGAUGGGUUAAAUCUUGAAAAAGCAAACCAAUCAGAUGUAACAUUCUGUAAUUCUGCUCCAUUUAAAGGCAGCUUAUUUGCUUAGUGAGUGAAACUUUUUGAAAGAUUCCUUGCUCUUGAAGGAAGUUCUGCACCACCAAAAUGAUGAAAGUCAUUGUGUUCCUGCUCUUUGCUGUGUUGAUUCCUGCAAAGUAUGCAAGUGCUCAGACAUGCUGCACUGUUGACAGGGCUAUUGAUGAGAUGAUCAAGGCAGCCAUUGAUUCCAAAGUGUCUGCAGCUCUUGAAAAGGCCCAGCUGACUUGCACAAGUGUAUCAGCUCGUGGUGCUGAUGUCACCUGUCCUUUAGGUUACAAGGCCACUGGAUGUGCCUGUGGAAUGGCCUGUGGUUCCUGGGAUAUCCGUGGUGACAACCAGUGUCACUGCCAGUGUGCCAACAUUGACUGGACUGCUGCUCGGUGUUGCAAAGUGGUGGUUGUUGGUUGAUGGCCCCCCUGCUUCCUGAUGUAUACAGGGCUCCAUCUUUCAAACUUAAUAAAAAUGCAUCAAAAGA